CAGGUUAGGAUCACCAGGACCACUUCGUUGUGGUUAGUCUUGAUCGUAUAUACCGUGGGAUUGCGUGAGAUAACGCGUCGUUUCAAAGCGAAUCCGACCGUUGGCAUUUGUUCGUCGUAAAUAAUCGAAAGCAAAACCUCCAAAAAUGAACAUAGCUGAGAGAUUGAAGCAAUGGGAAGGCAAGGUUGCUGUCGUUACGGGAGCCAGCGGUGCCAUCGGUGGAGCUAUCGCCAAAGAGCUGGUCAAAGCAGGAAUGAUCGUGUGUGCCUUGGCCCGAAGGCGAGACAAAGUGGAAAAACUGCGAGCCAGUUUGUUUGAUGUGGCCGGAAAUCUCAACUGUGUAGAAUGUGAUAUCACAAUAGAAGAAGAUGUCAAGCAUGCCUUCGGAUGGAUUGAAGGUGCAUAUGGUGGCGUCGAUUUGCUAGUGAAUAAUGCCGGGGUGGUCACUAGGUGCCUGUUGACUGAGAAAAACAACACCAAAGAUCUGUACACCACCAUGGAAACUAACAUCAUCGGUCUAUGCUUGUGCACCCGAGAAGCAGUCAAAUCGAUGAAAGCACGAGAUGUGCACGGCCACAUAAUCAACAUAAACAGCAUAUUUGGACAUAAAGUGCAUCAGACGGUGCCUGGAACUAGACCACUGAAUGGAAUGUAUCCAGCUUCCAAGUUUGCUGUCACCGCAAUCACCGAGUGUAUUCGCCAAGAGCUAAUCUAUCUUGAUGCUCAUGUUAAAGUAUCUAGCAUCAGUCCGGGACUGGUGGAAGGAGACAUCGUUGCCAAUCAUACUGCUGGCGAUAAUGACCUCGUAAAAUACAUGCCAAAACUGAAACCAGAGGAUGUGGCUGAUGCUGUAAUUUACGCCAUAACAACACCAGAUAAUGUUCAAAUCCACGAACUUGUCAUCAAGCCGAUCGGGGAAUUUAUAUAAAUGUAUCACUCUUUCAGUACAACACCACAUGUCGGUUUAUGACAAAAUGAACAUUCAGAUCAUCCUUAAAAUGUAAGCAACAUCCAAUGAAGAAAAAACAAAAGUAUGCUAUCGGGUGCCAUUUUAUUUAAUUUACAUUUUACUUGUACACAGCAAUAAACGAAAAAAAAACCACUUCACUAAAAGAUAACUUCCCGCUGAGAAGGUGUUGAAAGAAAUCUAUAUAACCACGCGGCAAACAAUCAUUUCAACUUA